AUGAAGAAAUGCAAAUAUACUAUGGUCCGGAACCAUGCUGCAUAUGAUGAGGAACAUGCCGUGAUGAUUGUUGAUUUCAUGAGUGAUCCGAGGGAUAAGGUGACUAUUUGCAAGAUGAGUAAAAAAGUUAGAACUGCUAAUGAUGGAUAUAUAGUUGUGAGUCUUCAAACUAUGUUUACUGAUAAAAAAUAG